AUGAAUAAGUUGUGCGCUGUCGUUUUUAACAUGCUUGGGAGAAUGCUGAUCGUUGAUGGCAACAGUGAUCCAAUGGCUGAGAUUUACACUUCAAGUCAACAUUACGAGCAGCCCCCAGCGAUUGAAAGGAGAGGAGCUCGCUUGGGAGCAGCUGAAGGUCUACAGAUGGAAAGUCCAAUGUCUCAGGAUCAAAGAGUAGUUGACACCCCUGAGCCACUGGCAGGUGCUCAGCUAGAGCACAAUACUUCAGUGCUGUCCCCAAAUCCAACUUUCCAUAAGAAGCAUAUUCCCCCUAAGAUUUUGCUUCAUAUCAUCACAAAUCAGGCUGGUGGAGAGUUAGAAUCUCUCACACCUCAGAGGAAACUUUUGAACUCAAUUGACAAAGUUGAGAAAGUCAUAAUGGAGGAAUUGGGAAAACUGAAGAGGACCCCUAGUGCUAGGAAAGCUGAGAGGGAGAAAAGAGUUGGCACAUUAAUGUCAAUGCGGUGA